AUGGUUCAUGACUGGCCAGGAAAACAAGCAGAUUCAGAUCCUUGCACUCCUGAUGCUCCACCUGCUGCCACUUCACCACCAACUUCUGAAGAGCCUGGACCUUUCACAGCUCCAGCAUCACCCUCCUGUUCCUCUGACACUGGUACUGCAUCAUUUUCACCACCGUUACCUGCGUGUGUUGCAGCCUUACAUCCAAAACCACCUCCUAUUUCACCAUCAACAUCCACUUCUGCUACCACUGUUCACCCUGGACUUCCUUCCCUUCCUGCCCCAUCUGCCUCUACUCCAUCCCUGCACCCUGGGAUUUAUCUGCCGGUUGUCCCACCCAGUGGUGCCACCCACCUCAUCAACUGGCUGCCCUUCCUCGCCUCAGCGACACUCGCCACCAUUCAAGGCAAGGAGGAAGACCAGCCACCCAUAAGCACAGGCUCCCUGGAAGGCAUGAAGCCCUGCAGCAGCCCAGCCCCACAGCCCUCCCAAGAGGAAAAUGCCCAAGCAGCACCUAUGGGAAGCAGCGUUCCGGGGGCUGCAUCCCCACCUCCGGCUGCCCAGGCCGUGCCCGCGGGCUCCGAGGCAUCAGCGAAUGUGAGCGACAUCCUGGCAGAGCUGCGGACCAUGAACAGCCACCUCUCCACUAUUGCCCGAGCCCUGACCCAGCUGGCAUCGUCCCUGGCACCCCAGCAGGAUGCAGGUGGCACCCCACCUCCUUAG